AUGUCAUCAUUUGAUAGUAAAAAAUUGGGCAAUCUUCAUGGACCAGUCCUCUUUGAAAUUUUUAAAUUUCUCCAUUCGAAACACUUGUUAGGCAGUAUUGUCUUGGUAUGCUCGGAAUGGAGACAAAUUGUAGUUGAGUGUGUGUUAAAUCUCGAGAUCAAGGAAUAUAAUUUUAAAACAUUCCUUCAGAAGGAGUUGAAUCCAUUCAGUGAGGAUCCGAAGGCUUCAUUUCCUUGUCCACAUUUGCAAUCGUAUGAUCAUGUGGAGAGAUUUGUGCAAUCGACAUGUCUUUUUCAGAAUUUAAAUGAUUUGACAUUGGCUGGUCAUGGUGAUUUGUUCUCCUUUGAAUUGUUUGGAUAUUUAGUUAGACAAUUGCAGGAACUUAACAAACUGACUCUCUCCGAUGUUUGUCUAUACAAUGGAAGAUAUUCAAGGAGGAUUAGAACGAAAACAACAACUGUUGAGUCAGCAUCUGAAUCAAAAAAGGGAUUCUUUGCAAUGUUUAGAAAAAAGAAGGAAGUUGUACCACCUGCUGGAGCUGUUGCUAAGAAUAUUACAAAGGAUGAUCAAAGGGAUAUUGUGGUGGAAUUUGUGAGGUCAGAUAUUGAAGAUGGACCUCUCAAGAUGAAAUCAAUGAAAUCUGUUAAUAAUUUAUUCAAAUUGCACUUGUUCAAGGUGAAUUUGGGAUUGGAGAAUUAUGAAAAUAUGAUGAAACAUUUAGUGAACUUGAAAGAAUUAAGAAUUGUGGAUUGUUAUUUGGAAAAAUUCUCACUUCAAACAUCAUCCAAGCAAUUAUCUCAUAUUGAAUUGAAUUUUUCAAAUUCUAAUUUUCCAACAAUGGCCAUUAGCGAAUCAUCUCAAAAUUAUCUUUAUGAAAGUUUGGUUUACUUGGUAUUGAAUAACGUAGAAUGUCCAACAUUGACUGAAUUCUUACCAAAAUGCAAUAAUUUGAAAUAUUUUGUGGGCAGAAAGCAUUUUCCAUUUAAUAUGAAGGGAAAUUUGAGUAUUGAACAUUUGACAAUCGAUUCUGGAAAUAUUCUUCUGUCAAAUAUUGAUACUCUACUGAAACAUUCACCACAAUUGAAAUCUUUUGAAAUGCUAAAUAUCAGUUUUGGGGACAGCCAUGCAGGAUUUAUCACUCAUGUUUUAGAAACAAUUCCGACUCUAACUCGGUUGACUAUGAGAAAUGUUAAGGGUAUUCAAGACACUUCUAUUCUAAGCCAACAGUUGAAGCAUCUUGAAAUAUCCUCCUUGGAGAUGUUACCAGAGUGUAAAAUUGAAUGUCCAUCCGUCAAUACUUUGAUUCUCAAUUCAACUAAUUUACUUGACUCUUCUAAAGCUUUUGCUGUCAUGAAGAGUAGAGAGAUUAGAGAAUUGGGGUUAUCCAUGCUUAGUUCCAGUGAAGGUAUUGCAUCCGCAACUGCCUUGGGAAAUCUUAUCAAAUUGGACUUUUCUUACAAUAGAAAAUUGAACGCAGAACGUUUGAGAGAAAUUAUUAGUUUUACUCCUAAAUUAGAAUUUUUGAAUUUGAAAAUGACAGGAAUUGGGGGCGGAUUCUUAACACAUGGAAGCAAACUCAAAACAUUACUUUUGAGUGGUAGUUCCAUUUCAAAUAAUCAACUCAAUGAUUUGGUCAAAUGUUGCUUGGAUUUGAAGAGAUUGGACAUUGAUUGUUGUGAAUAUUUGACAGAAAUAGAUCUGAGCUGCCUUCAAAAAUUGAAUUCUCUCGAUUUGAGUGAAACCACAAUGAAACUUGGUACUUUACUUACAUGCAUUGAAGCAGUACCUAGUUUGAGAUGUUUAUAUUUGAGAUGGAUUACUGAUCAAAAGAUGGCUUGCUCUAAAGAAAUUCUCAUGAACAAGUUUAGAAAUUUGCUUUUCCUAGAUGUGACUGGAUCUCCAUCCCUUACGAAAUCUGAUUUCUUGGAAAAUAUUACAAAAGAUUUUAAGGAUUUGGUUCUAGUUCCGAAAACUCAAAUAUUCAGAUAUGAAACUGCAAUCAAUCCAUUUAUAAACUAUUGUUAA